AUGGUGUUUUCAGUGAUGGACUUUGCAGCAGCUGCUGUUGGAGGUAAAAGAGGAACUGUUCUUGUCAGAAGCAGUAGUGGCCAACUAAUGCUAGUAUCUCAACAAGCAAUAGCACGAGCACAGAACCAGCCACAAAAUAACGCAAGUGGGAGACCAUCUGUGCCAGCCAGCACACCUGCAAUCAGAAUAUGUGCUGUACAGAACUCUGGCACCCAGUUGGUAAAGAAAGUAGCAGCUAUUCCUGUGAAAACAUUAUCUCAAACAGCAAAUGCUGUGGCUUCUACUGUUCAGCCACCUGCUGUAAUACGGCCAGCAGCUGCAACAGCUAGUGUUACUACAGUUACUGCUGUAAAGCCUUCGAGUACUGGAACACCUGUAAAACUUCCAGUUACAGGACCACCUGCACAAGCUAUCUCCCAAAAGGCAGUCUCUGUGAAAGCAGAGGGCACAACAGUAGCACAGACCAGCGCUUCUACAGAGAUGCUAGAGAAUGUGAAGAAAUGCAAGAAUUUUCUUGCUACGCUAAUAAAACUGGCAUCUAGUGGACCUCAAGCCCUUGAGAUGGGGCAGAAUGUGAAGAAUCUGGUGCAGAAUCUGUUGGAAGCAAAAAUUGAACCAGAAGAAUUUACAAAAAAGUUAUACGUAGAGCUUAAGUCAUCUCCACAACCAUAUUUAGUUCCUUUUCUCAAGAAAAGCAUGCUUGCCUUACGGCAGCUAAUGCCCAACCCUCAGAGCUUUAUCCAACAGUGCAUGGAGCAGCCAGCUCCAACCCAAGAAAUGGUUUUGACUUGUACCUCUGCAGUACCAGCUCCUUCAACAGGAGAGGCAACCUCAGCUGUAGCAACAACUUCUCUUCCAGUUACAAAACCCAUGUCUGCCUCUGUAACAGGCACAGCCUCUCCAGUUAUAAAACCAGUCCUUGCCAGCACGUCAGCAACAGCUUCUCUGCAGACUGUGAAUCCUGUUCCUUCCUCUGCAGUGGUGACAACAUCUCUUCGGCCUGCGACUUCAGUCCUCACCACAACGAUAGCUACGUCAGGGCUGACCACUAUCCAAACUGUCAAGCCAGUCUUCACCUCUGCAGUACCAACGUCCUCUCUCCAGUCUGCAAAGCCAGUGCUGGUCUCUACAGUGGCAUCUUCAUCAACAACCCCUCUCCAGCCUCUGAAGCCAGUUAUUGGAACCCCAAUUGGUAUUAAAAUCUCUCAGCCCAACUCCAUCGUUGCACAGUCAGUGGGUGCUCAGCAGGUGGUUAAAGUAAAACAGUUGGUAGUCCAGCAACCAUCAGGAUCCAUUAUAAAGCAAGUAUCCACACUCCCACAACCCUCACUGCUCACCCUGCAGACACCUGCUGAGAAUAAGAUGCCGCUGAAUACACUUGUUCAAACCAAACAGUUUCCUGCAGGUUCCAUUCUGAAACAAAUUACCCUACCAGGAAAUAAAAUUCUGUCACUUCAAACAUCUCCUGUUCAGAAGGCGAAAAUAAAAGAGAAUGUAGCAACAUCCUUCAGAGAUGAAGAUGACAUAAAUGAUGUAACUUCUAUGGCUGGGGUCAAUCUUAAUGAGGAGAACAUGUGCAUUUUGGCAGCAAACUCUGAGGUUACUGGUACAGUGCUUCGCUCUUGUGCAGAUGAACCGUUUCUCUCUUCGGAAGCUCUUAAGAAGAAGAUCUUGAACAUAGGUAAAAGGCAUGACAUUAUGGAACUUAACUCUGAUGUUGUGAACUUGAUCUCCCACGCUACACAGGAGAGAUUACGAGGGCUCCUAGAAAAACUAACUGUAAUUGCUCAGCACAGAGUAUCAACCCACAAGGGGAGUGAUAAGUACGUUGUAUGUAGUGACACCAGAGCACAGCUGAGAUUUCUUGAAAAGCUUGAUCACCUAGAAAAGCAGAGAAAAGAUGAAGAGGAACGUGAAAUGUUGCUUCGAGCAGCCAAGAGCCGUUCCAAUAAAGAAGAUCCAGAGCAACUGCGGUUAAAGCAGAAAGCGAAAGAGAUGCAACAGUUGGAGUUAGCACAGAUGCAACAGAGAGAAGCCAACCUCACAGCUUUGGCAGCCAUUGGACCAAGGAAGAAAAGACCAUUGGAUUCAUCAAAUGUUGGAACUGGGCUGGAGGGUUUGAACAGCAAUGGAAUUACUCCUGGAUCAUCAGGUUUUAGCCUUACGAAGCUGCACUGUCCAAGAGUAACCCGUGUCUGUCUCAGGGACUUGAUAUUCUGCAUGGAACAAGAGAGGGAUAUGAAGCAUUCUCUACACUUGUACCGUGCUCUUCUGAAGUGA